AUGUCAUCGUCAUCAGCAUUCCCGACCAAGCCCGCUUUCAUCCACCGCGGGACAUGGGACGACGAGACCAGGGCGCACCCGGCGAUGAAGUGGAUGGAGGAGUUCACGCUGAACUUCAACCGGCGCGGAGGCUGGGAAGAGGCCCGGACCGACUGGCACUCGGACGACUUUUCGCUCGUCAAGUCGGACGGGACCGAGGUCCGGGGCCACGAGCCCGCCUGGGAGCAGGUCAAGGCCAUGUACGGCUUCUUCACGAGCGAGCUGCACGAGCCCUACCUCCUCGUGUGCUGGGAGACGGACGACGGGUGGGAAAUGCUGGGCCAGGCCAACUUCUACGCCAACUGCGUUGGGGGGGACGAGAAGUCUUCCGGCGAGCGGCAGCAGCAACAGAAGAAGGUCAAAGACCUACAGGGUCGGGAGUGGGACGUCAAGAUCCCCUCGGCCUUUCGGUUCGUCUACGUCAAGACGGAUGCCGCGGCGCACGGGGGCAUCGAGCUGAAACGAUGCGAGAUCAUGUCCGACUCGAUGCCUGCCGUUCAGAUUCUGAUGCAGAGGGGGGUCAACAUCAACCAGUGA